AUGUUUUCCCCAGACAAGUGUGUAAAGGACCUGAACUCAUCAGACAGUGAAGUCCAGCAGGAAGCUAUCAAGAAGGCAGAUUGCCAUAUUGCAGCCUUAAAUGGAUCCUGCAGGACAAAAGUCAACAAGACCACAAUCAAUACAAACCCACCAUCUCAGCCUCCUAUGGAUGCCCAAACUGAGAGUAGUGCCGAGAAUUUCAUGAGAUUUAUGGAGAGAGAUGCAGAAGACAGGAGGAAGAGGAGGCUCGCUCAGGAGAAAAAGGCCACUGUGUUUAAGGACAGAGGGAAUCGAGCCUAUGCGCAAAGAGAUUAUGAGACUGCUGUGAAAUAUUACAGUGAAGGCUUGGCUGAACUACGCGACAUGCAGCAGUUGUAUACCAACAGAGCACAGGUGACUACUUUUAUACACGUUUUCACCCUUUAAUUCUGCGUUAUGGAAAUGAAAUUGAAUAAGAGCAUGCAAAAUCAUCACUUUUCUGGCAUUGCUUAACCCAAAUGGACAAACACAGCAUGUCUUUCAGUCCUUCUUAAAAUGUGAGGUACGACAUACACC